AUGGCGGUCGUCCCGGCCUCCCGGCGAGGCGCGCUGCUGCUUCUCCUGGCCGUGGCGGAGGUCGCGGAGGUGGCAGGGGGCCUGGCCCCGGGCAGUGCGGGUGCACUGUGUUGUAAUCAUUCAAAGGAUAACCAAAUGUGCCAUGACGUAUGUGAACAGAUAUUCUCCUCAAAAAGUGAAUCCCGACUAAAGCAUCUGUUACAGCGAGCCCCAGAUUAUUGCCCUGAAACAAUGGUUGAAAUUUGGAGUUGUAUGAAUUCAUCUUUGCCAGGUGUGUUUAAGAAGUCUGAUGGCUGGGUUGGCUUAGGCUGCUGUGAACUGGCUAUUACCUUGGAGUGUCGACAGGCAUGCAAGCAGGCAUCUUCAAAAAAUGAUAUUUCCAAAGUUUGCAGAAAAGAAUAUGAGAAUGCUCUUUUCAGUUGCAUUAGCAGAAAUGAAAUGGGCUCAGUUUGUUGCAGUUAUGCAGGCCAUCACACAAACUGCCGAGAAUACUGUCAAGCCAUCUUUCGAACAGACUCUUCUCCUGGCCCAUCUCAGAUCAAAGCAGUGGAAAACUAUUGUGCCUCUAUUAGUCCACAGUUAAUACACUGUGUGAACAAUUACACCCAAUCUUAUCCAAUGAGGAACCCAACAGAUAGUUUAUAUUGCUGUGACAGAGCUGAAGACCAUGCUUGCCAAAAUGCCUGCAAGAGAAUUCUGAUGUCUAAGAAAACAGAAAUGGAGAUUGUUGAUGGCCUCAUCGAGGGUUGUAAAACUCAGCCUUUGCCUCAGGAUCCUCUUUGGCAGUGUUUUCUUGAAAGCUCACAAUCUGUUCACCCUGGAGUCACUCUACAUCCUCCUCCCUCUACGGGCCUUGAUGGGGCUAAAUUGCAUUGUUGUUCUAAAGCAAACACUUCAACAUGUAGGGAACUGUGCACUAAACUUUAUAGCAUGAGCUGGGGCAAUACACAGAGUUGGCAAGAGUUUGAUCGCUUUUGUGAAUACAAUCCAGUGGAAGUGUCCAUGUUGACCUGUUUAGCAGAUGUCCGGGAACCUUGCCAGUUGGGCUGUAGAAAUCUUACUUACUGUACUAAUUUUAACAACAGGCCAACAGAACUUUUUAGGAGUUGUAAUGCUCAGUCAGAUCAAGGAGCCAUGAAUGACAUGAAGCUGUGGGAGAAAGGAAGCAUAAAGAUGCCGUUUAUCAACAUACCUGUUCUUGACAUUAAGAAGUGCCAGCCAGAAAUGUGGAAAGCAGUAGCUUGUUCACUGCAGAUUAAACCUUGUCAUAGGAAAUCCCGGGGAAGUAUUAUCUGCAAAUCAGAUUGUGUGGAGAUUCUCAAGAAAUGUGGGGACCAGAACAAAUUCCCCGAGGACCACACAGCUGAAAGUAUUUGUGAGCUUUUGUCACCUACAGAUGACCUAGAGAAUUGUAUACCUUUGGAUACAUACCUCAGGCCUAGUACUUUGGGUAACAUUAUAGAAGAGGUCACUCAUCCCUGUAACCCAAAUCCUUGCCCUGCUAAUGAGCUCUGUGAGGUAAACCGGAAGGGGUGUCCAUCUGGAGAUCCCUGCCUUCCAUACUCUUGUGUUCAAGGUUGCAAAUUGGGAGAAGCCUCUGAUUUCAUCGUCCGUCAAGGGACACUAAUCCAGGUGCCAUCAUCUGCAGGGGAAGUUGGUUGUUACAAAAUUUGCUCAUGUGGACAAAGUGGACUCUUGGAAAACUGUAUGGAGAUGCACUGUAUAGAUCUCCAGAAGUCAUGUAUUGUUGGAGGAAAAAGAAAAAGUCAUGGGACAUCCUUUAACAUUGACUGCAAUAUCUGUUCUUGUUUUGCUGGCAAUUUGGUGUGUUCUACCCGCCUGUGCCUCAGUGAGCACAGUUCAGAAGAUGACCGUCGCACCUUCACAGGUCUGCCCUGUAACUGUGCAGAUCAGUUUGUCCCCGUGUGUGGGCAGAAUGGACGCACUUACCCCAGCGCCUGCAUUGCUCGCUGUGUGGGCCUCCAAGACCAUCAGUUUGAGUUUGGAUCGUGCAUCUCAAAGGAUCCAUGUAAUCCUAAUCCCUGCCCCAAAAACCAAAGAUGCAUACCCAAACCACAGGUCUGCCUGACAACGUUUGAUAAAUUUGGAUGUAGCCAACACGAGUGUUUGCCGAGACAGCUUACCUGUGACCAGGUUCGCGAUCCUGUUUGUGACACACACCACAUGGAGCACAGCAGUCUCUGCGCCUUGUACCAGAGGGGGCAAAGCCUCUUAUACAAAGGCCCGUGCCAGCCCUUCUGCAGAGCCACAGAGCCCGUCUGCGGGCACAAUGGCGAGACCUAUAGUAGCGUGUGUGCUGCCUACUCGGACCGUGUGGCUGUUGAUUACUAUGGGCCCUGCCAGGCCGUCGGGGUCCUCUCAGAGUACAGUUCUGUCGCUGAGUGUGCUGCUGUGAAGUGUCCUUCACUCUCUGCAACUGAGUGCAAACCCAUCAUCCCACCCGGUGCUUGUUGCCCAUUAUGUGCUGGAAUGUUAAGAGUUUUAUUUGACAAAGAAAAACUGGAUACUAUUGCUAAGGUAACAAACAAAAAGCCAAUAACGGUUCUGGAAAUACUUCAGAAAAUCCGCAUGCACGUGUCUGUCCCACAGUGUGACGUAUUUGGAUACUUCAGCAUCGAAUCAGAAAUUGUGAUCCUGAUCAUUCCUGUUGAUCAUUAUCCAAAAGCUUUGCAGAUUGAGGCCUGCAAUAAAGAAGCAGAGAAGAUCGAAUCCCUCAUCAACUCCGACAGCCCCACUCUGGCAUCCCACGUCCCUCUCUCUGCUCUCAUCAUUUCCCAGGUACAGGUCUCAAACAGUGUGCCAUCAGCUGGCAUCGAGGCCAGAAUCCCCUGUCCCCCCUUCCUCCUCCUCCUCAGCCUGGGCCCUGCCUUGCACAUGGUCUGGACACGUAACUGA